CAUGAUCUGUUCCUUAUCCCACUCCGAGAUUUUUGCAUUACACCUCAUGUAAUUGAAUGACCGGAUGUUAUUGCGUCGUUGUUCAUGCUGGGGCCGGCUAUCAUGCAAGGGCUAAAGAAGAGUCAUACAAUGUUCUCUGUUCAGAAGCGUGCAAGGCAUCCAUCGAGAUUCUUUCGAAAGGAGGCAGUGCUGUCGAUGGCGCUGCUGCGGCAGUAGCGUAUUUGGAAGACAAUGACCUCACCAAUUCUGGAUUUGGCAGUAACCUCACGUUAAAUGGACAUGUCGAGUGUGAUUCUGGCAUGAUGUGCGGGACAUCUUUACGGUUUGCAGGCGCUGGUGCGAUGCCGGGUAUCCGUAAUCCGAUAAUGAUCGCCAAGCUCAUGCUACUCGAGCAGAUCCGUUCCCCAAUGUGUGAUAUCGGUCGUGUUUCUCCAAGUAUACUCUGUGGGAGAGGAGCCAUUGAAUGGGCUGCGAACAAAUCCCCUGCCCUUGUGCAGCAUCACGACCUUGUUUCCCAUCGCGCAUAUUCUGAUUGGAAAAAGUUCCGCAGUCUUUUCGACUGUUCUAAAUCGGAUGUUCCUGAUUGCAUUCCUCAUCAGCCAAAAAGAAUUCGUGCAUCCCAUAUGGACACCGUCGGUGCUGUGUGCUUCGAUGUUGAUGGCAAUGUUGCAUCUGCCGUCUCGAGCGGCGGCAUUGCUCUGAAACAUGAGGGACGCAUUGGCCAGUCAAGCAUUUAUGGAUGCGGUUGUUGGGCCGAACAAAGUCCUUGUUCAGGUAAGGUAGGCGUGGUCACUUCUGGUACCGGUGAACAGCUGAUUCGUACUCAGCUAGCUCAGCGUUCAGCAGAAAGUUUAUUGAACUCUACACAUUCGACUAUCCCGGAUAUUUUGACUUCAACACUGAAGCGAGAUUUUUUAGACUCAAGGUUCCUCAUUUCCGACAAACAGCGUUACGCAGGCGUUGCGGGGCUGUUUUGUCCUGAUAAUAGCAAGACUAUUGAAGUUUUCUUUGCACACACUACCCAAUCGAUGAGUGUUGGCUAUUUCGUUGACCGCGCCAUGACCAGUCCGAUGACGUACGUUUCCCGGCGAUCGAUGAACAGGCCAAUGAGAGUCGAUGCCUUUGCUCAUCGUAUUCACGCGGACUAAAGUGCGUACUUGUUCCACUCUUCCUCGUUGAUGCGUGAUUUUUUGGUUCCAACUGAUUCAUCAGACCUUACUGUAUAAGGUGGAGAUGUUUCGUUUGCAACCUGUUUUCCCCUG